AUGUCGAAGCGAGGUCGCGGAGGAUUGGCGGGAAACAAGUUCUGCAUGUCACUAGGUCUUCCUGUGGCGGCUAUGAUCAAUUGUGCCGACAAUACCGGCGCGAAGAAUCUCUACAUCAUAUCAGUGAAGGGGAUCAAGGGUCGUUUGAAUCGAUUGUCGUAUACUUGUGUGGGAGAUAUGGUUAUUGCGACGGUGAAGAAAGGGAAACCUGAUUUGAGAAAGAAGUUCAUGUUUGCUGUCAUUGUUAGACAACGCAAGCCCUGGCGCCGAAAGGAUGGAGUGUUCAUGUAUUUUGAAGAUAAUGUUGGUGUGAUAGUGAAUCCUAAGAGAGAAAUGAAAGGUUCUGCCAUUACUGGUUCAAUUGGGAAGGAAUGUGCUGAUUUAUGACCCAGAAUUGCAAGUGCUGCCAAUGCUAUU